AAACAAAAACCCUAAUUUUCAUUUUCACGCUUCGCCCCACCACAAAGCCGAAUCCAGUUGUUCGGAAGCCGUGAAUAUUCGAUAGCUUGAUGUGUCCAAAGUUGUAAGAUGGAUAUGGUCCCAAGAGAUAUGAUCAGCGGUCUGCCAGAUCCUCUGAUUUCUCUCAUCUUGUCUUCCCUUCCGACAAAGAAAGCAGCUUUCACAUCGAUUCUCUCUAAAAGGUGGCGUUUUUUGUUUGCGUCUGUAACGAAUCUUGAUUUUGCAAUCGACGAUGAUGAUGAGACUAGUACAAGUUUUGUGGAAUUUGUGGAAAGAGUAUUGGCUUUGCAAGGGGAUGCGCCACUAAGCAGAUUCUCUCUAAACUGUGUUAAACGCUGUCCUGAUCCAGUCCGUGUCACUCGUUGGAUACAGAAUGUGUUGGGACGCGGAGUUUCAGAUCUUGGCCUAACCCUCACGGAAUGUCCCUUGCCUCCCAGGAUCUUUGUUAGCAAGACACUGGUUAGGCUGAAAGUAGGACCCGGAGAGGAUAUCAGUUUCGGCGUUGAUGUGAAGGAUGUGUUUCUUCCAAAGCUUAAGACUCUCGACAUUGAUUCCGUUGAGUUUCAAGAUAGAGAUUUUGGGUUCGUAAGGCUUAUUUCUGGGUGUCCCAUGCUUGAGGAACUAUUUAUGAUGAAUAUCGCGUGGGCUAAUUGGACGUUUUGCUCUGUGUAUGCCAAAACCCUUAAGAGGCUAACUUUUUUCUGUGAGGACACUGAUGAGAAUCCAAAGAGCGUCUCGUUUGAUACUCCAAACCUUGAGUACCUGGAAUAUUCCGACAGUAUUGCCGGCAAGUAUCCGAAAGUGGUUUUCAGCUCGCUUGUUGAAGCUCAUAUCGGCCUUCGACUCUCAGAUAAUCAGAGUGCAGGUGCAAACACUUUUUCAGAUGAAGAAGGCUAUCCACCGGAAGAUAUCGAGGAGAGAGCUAUGGUCGCUGAUGCAACGGAAUUUUUUAAGGGGAUAUGCAAUGUUCGGAUCCUCUAUUUAUCUGCCGAAACUCUCGAGGUACUUACUUUUUGCUGUAAAGAAACGCCAGUGUUUAACAACCUGGUUCAACUGACGAUCGAGAGUAACUCGGAGAUUGGAUGGGACAUACUGCUCGAUCUGCUCAUGAAUUGUCCGAAUCUAGAAACCCUUGUUUUUAAGGGUCUUAUCCACAAACGUAACAAUGGAUGUGGGAACUUGUGCUGCUGUAACCCUCCGGAGCAUCCUUCUUGCCUGUCAUCUUCUCCGGUGAAGGUGCUGAAAGUAAUAAUGUCUGAAAUCUACGAGGAGGAGGACCCGAGGGAAAUAGAGCAGAUGAAGCAUUUCUUGGAGACAAUGCCGUGUCUUGAACAAUUGAUAGUAUACUACAAUACGUCAUAUGACCCUGCUGUGUUUGGUUUGUCCAAGAAGCUUCAGAAGAUUGAUGGAAUAGCUUCACCAAAGUGCUUGAUCCGCGUCAUCUCUCAGAAUCUUAGUUUGUCAUCUACUGUGCCUUGUUCCUUGGCAAUGAGAUGGUUUACUGCUCCUGCAACAGAAGCAUAUUGCUCGUCUCCUUCAGAUGAUGAAUACUCCUCUUCUCCUGCAACAGAAGCAAAUAGCUCGUCUCCUUCAGAUGAUGAAUAUUCCUCUUCUCCUGCAACAGAAGCAUAUAGCUCGUCUCCUUCAGAUGAUGAAUAUUCCUCUUCUCCUGCAACAGAAGCAUAUAGCUCGUCUCCUUCAGAUGAUGAAGGACUCCUUCACAAAGCUACAUAUAGUUGUGGGGAUGUAUGCUUGUGCCAAGGAAUAGAGAAAAGUCCUUCUUCCCUAACACAGUGUCCUGUGAAGUUUCUAACGAUACUGAAUUUUGAAGAAGCCUGUGUCAGUGAUGACGAUGUGGACAUGGAGAUGGAGAUGAAGAAGAUCAAGCAUUUCUUGAAGAAAAUGCCGAAUCUUGAACAGCUCAUAAUAUACUACAGUACAUCAAUCAAAGAUGAUCUAGUCCAAGUAUCAGGCCAGCUUCAGUUGCUUCCUGAAGUAGCUUCAUUCAAGUGCAAGAUCCAAGUAAUCUCUAAUAGCCUCGGCUUAUCAAUAACGUUGCCCAUUUCCUUAUCGAUGAAGUUUGAAAUGAUCCUCUAGAAGAACCUCUCAAGUUUCUUCACUCCUCUUGGAAUCACUCAUGCGGUCAUGCCUCUUUUAUCAGCUGGAAGUUAUAGAUGUGUCUGUUAGCUACAAGUAUAUGUAGUUUUAGUGUCUUUAAGCCUUUACUAAAGCAGAGAAGAAACUAAAGAAAUUCUCUUUUGCUCUUAAGUCGUUUCAUUUUAUAGAAUUCUUCUUGUGGUACUGCAUUUUCUGAAUGGUGUCAUUACAGUGACCUAUAUUUGAAAUCCUUUUUUAUUCACCUUUUCACACAGCAAGAAUCAAUAAAACAUAUCACGUAAAUAUCAUG